AUGCUAGUUGGCAGAUUGAAAACAAGCGGCUCCCCGCUGGGAAGUUUAGCUUCUACGUCUCAUUGGCUCGUUAAUCGAUCUGGAAGGUCAGCUAGUUUAUUGGGCCUGAAUUUAAGGCUAUCCACGAAUGGCAUCCGGUUCUCAUCCAGCGACAAUCGUCCUGGAAAUGCAACUAAUGCUACCACCGCGACUGGUGCAGCCUCAGAAAUUGUAUCGCCUAUGGUCACUAGUGCUACUGCUGCAGUUGCUACUCCUACAUUACCACAAAGGUUCGUCAACUCACUUCCUCUAUCUGUUAAGCCAUAUGCCGAGCUCAUGCGAUUAGAUAAACCCAUUGGAACAUGGCUGUUAUACAGUCCUUGUACAGUUGCAAUUACCAUGGCAGCUUAUCACACAGGUGCUCCCAUUACACAAACUUUGUGGAUGCUGACUUUAUUUGGAAUUGGAUCGGUGAUAAUGAGAGGUGCAGGUUGCACUAUCAACGAUCUUUUGGACAGAAACCUUGACAACCAAGUCGAACGUACCAAGACUCGUCCUUUGGCUAGCAAAGCAGUCUCGGUGCCAGCGGCGAUAACAUUUCUUGGUGCACAAUGUUUUGCAGGUUUGGGAAUUCUGCUGUCUCUUCCUUCCGACUGUUUCCUUCUUGGAGCAGCAUCUUUACCAUUGGUAUUCACGUAUCCAUUAUUCAAACGAUUCACUUACUAUCCACAAGUCUGUCUGUCUCUCUGUUUUACAUGGGGUGCUCUUCUGGGAUUCCCUGCUAUGGGUGUCUGGAACUGGCCAGCCAUGCUAUGUUUGCAUGCCUCAUCAUUUGCCUGGUGCAUGAUUUAUGAUACGAUAUAUGCCCAUCAAGACAAGCUCUACGAUAUCAAGGCUGGUAUCAAGUCAACUGCUCUUAAAUGGGGCAAUAAAAGCAAGGAUAUCAUGGAAAAGUACGCCUACGGACAGAUUGGGUUCCUUGCUGCUGCUGGAGUCUUCGGUGGUAUGGGCCCCUUUUUCUUUGGCGCCACGGUUCUUGCUGCCUAUCGUGUACUGACAAUGAUCAAAAAAGUCAAUCUUGACGACCCUGCCAACUGUUGGAAAUGGUUUGUUGAGAAUAUUAAUACCGGUCAUUUCCUUUGGGCAGGUGCUUCUGCUGAUUAUCUUCUUAGACUAGGAGGGUUGCUUUAG